UAAAAUUUGUACAAACCAGACUGAACUAACAGUGUAACAAUGUCACUCCCCAAAAAAAUAUCCCUUUUCCUCCAAAUUUUCAUCUUUUUGGUUUUCACCAUUAAUGCAAACUCUGAUCUUGAAACCCUUUUGAAGCUCAAAGAAUCCAUGGUUGCUCCUGGAACUUCUGCACUUCUUGAUUGGAACAACAACACAAAUUACCCUUUUUCCCAUUGUUCUUUUUCUGGUGUUACAUGUAACAAUAACUCUCAUGUUAUAUCUAUAAACAUCACUAAUGUUCCUCUAUUUGGUACUAUUCCACCUGAAAUUGGUCUUUUACAAAAUCUUGAAAAUCUUAUUAUUUUUGGUGAUAAUAUUACUGGUACACUCCCUUUAGAAAUGUCACAACUUUCUUCUAUUAAACAUGUUAAUCUUUCUUACAACAAUUUUUCUGGUCCUUUUCCUAGAGAAAUCUUGUUGGGGUUAAUAAAGCUUGAAUCUUUUGACAUUUAUAACAACAAUUUCACUGGUGAACUUCCUAUUGAGUUUGUAAAGUUGGAAAAGUUGGAAACUUUACAUCUUGGUGGAAACUAUUUUCAUGGUGAAAUACCAGAAGUUUAUUCUCAUAUUGUAAGUUUAAAGUGGUUGGGUUUAGAGGGAAAUUCACUUACUGGGAAAAUACCAAAGAGUUUGGCUUUGUUACCAAAUCUUGAAGAACUUAGAUUGGGUUAUUAUAAUAGUUAUGAAGGGGGUAUUCCAUCUGAGUUUGGUAAUAUUAGUACACUUAAACUUCUUGAUCUUGGAAAUUGUAAUCUUGAUGGUGAAGUUCCUCCAAGUCUUGGAAAUUUGAAGAAGUUGCAUACUUUGUUUCUACAAGUGAACAGACUUACAGGUCGCAUACCUUCUGAACUAUCUGGUUUAGAGAGUUUGAUGUCGUUUGAUUUGUCUUUUAACCAACUGACCGGAGAAAUACCAGAGAGUUUUGUGAAGUUGCAGAAUUUGACAUUGAUUAACUUGUUUAGAAACAACUUGCAUGGUCCAAUUCCCCCGUUUAUUGGUGACCUUCCAAAUCUUGAAGUGUUGCAAAUUUGGGGAAACAAUUUUACUCUCGAAUUACCCGAAAAUCUUGGGCGUAACGGGAGGUUUUUGUUUCUUGAUAUUUCUGUUAAUCAUUUUACUGGAAGGAUACCACCUGAUUUGUGUAAAGGAGGGAAGUUGAAGACACUGAUUCUAAUGGAGAAUUACUUCUUUGGUCCAAUUCCUGAACAACUUGGUGAGUGCAAAUCGCUUACUCGAAUUCGCGUUAGGAAGAAUUAUUUAAAUGGUACUAUUCCAGCUGGUUUUUUCAAGUUACCUGCAUUGGAUAUGCUUGAACUUGACAACAACUAUUUCACUGGUGAGCUGCCAACGGAGAUAAACGCGAAUAAUCUCACUAAACUUGUACUUUCCAACAACUGGAUCACGGGGAACAUUCCUCCGUCAUUAGGGAACUUGAAGAAUCUAGUCACUCUAUCACUUGAUAUGAACAGAUUGUCCGGUGAAAUUCCUCAAGAAAUUGCGAGUUUGAAUAAACUUGUGACCAUCAACUUGAGAGGCAACAAUUUAACAGGUGAAAUCCCGAGUUCAAUUGCGCUUUGUUCAGGGCUAACAUUGGUUGACUUGAGCAGAAAUCAACUGGUUGGUGAAGUGCCAAAAGAAAUCACCAAGUUAAAUAGCUUGAACGCGCUGAACUUGUCAAGAAACCAACUGAGUGGCGCCAUUCCUGGAGAAGUCGGAGUGAUGAAUGGCUUGACAGUUUUGGAUCUUUCUUACAAUGAUCUUUCUGGAAGGAGACCGACCAACGGACAACUAAAGUUCUUCAAUGACACUUAUUUUGUAGGAAAUCCAAAACUCUGUUCGCCUCAUGCUACUUUUUGCCCGUCAGCUUCCAAUUCACCACAAAACGCGCUCAAAAUCCAUGCUGGGAAGUUCACAACUACCCAAUUGGUGAUUACAAUAAUCAUCUUAGUCACUGUUGCAUUGCUGUUGGCAGUUACCGUGUUGUUCAUCAAGAAGGAAAAGUUCAAGAAUUCGAAACUUUGGAAGUUAACAGCAUUCCAGAAACUUGAUUUCAGAGCUGAGGAUGUUUUGGAGUGUUUAAAAGAGGAGAACAUAAUUGGGAAAGGUGGAGCUGGCGUUGUGUACCGAGGGUCUAUGUCAAAUGGCAUCGACGUUGCAAUUAAGAAACUUGUAGGCCGAGGAACCGGACACCAUGAUCACGGAUUCUCAGCUGAAAUCCAAACACUAGGAAGGAUCAGGCACAGAAACAUCGUACGAUUACUAGGAUAUGUCUCAAACAAAGACACAAACUUGUUGUUGUACGAAUACAUGUCGAAUGGGAGCUUAGGUGAAAUGUUACAUGGUGCCAAAGGAGCACAUUUGAAAUGGGAGACGAGGUACCGUAUUGCUGUGGAAGCUGCAAAGGGAUUGUGUUAUUUGCACCAUGAUUGUUCGCCUUCGAUUAUUCAUAGAGAUGUCAAGUCCAAUAAUAUUCUGCUGGAUUCUGAUUACGAGGCUCAUGUUGCUGAUUUUGGCCUAGCCAAAUUCUUGCAGGAUGCUGGUGCAUCAGAGUGCAUGUCCUCUAUUGCUGGCUCAUAUGGUUACAUUGCUCCAGAGUAUGCAUACACAUUGAAAGUUGACCAAAAGAGUGAUGUAUACAGUUUUGGAGUUGUACUGUUGGAACUUAUCACAGGUCACAAGCCAGUUGGUGAAUUCGGGGACGGUGUAGAUAUAGUCAGAUGGGUAAAUAAAACAAUGUCCGAAUUAUCUCAGCCGUCUGAUGCAGCCUCAGUUUUAGCAGUCGUUGACUCGAGGCUACAUAGUUACCCUCUUGCAAGUGUUAUCAAUUUGUUCAAGAUUGCUAUUAUGUGUGUUGAAGAAGAGAGUUGUGCUAGGCCUACUAUGAGGGAAGUUGUUCACAUGCUUACAAAUCUUCCUCAGUCUACUACAACUACUACUACUCUCCUUGCCCUUUGAAAUUGCGCGGAUAUCAAGUGUCUGGUUGAAAACUCGUGGAGUUUGAGGCUGGGAACACGAGUCUCAUGAGUCUAUUUGGGUAUGGGGAACAAAAUAAUUGUGCAAGUAGAGUUAUGUAUUU